AUGGGCUUUGUAGAAACUACUGCAGCCACUAAGUAGUGCACUAUUCUGUUUGGCUACAUUUGGUAAAAUAAAUAUUAAUAAUACUUUGUCACACAUUUUAAAGCAUAAAACUGUACUGAAUGUGUCUCUGUGAGUAUACGCUUUUUGUGGAGUAUGGUUCUUCUUUUUUUCCCUCACUACCUGUUGCUACACGUUUAAGUUUAAAAUAAGACAAUUAUUAGCUAGUUUUUGAAUAGAUAUUGAUUGACAUUGUUUAGUGUCCUUGAAAAGUUGUUUGAAUGAUAAAAUGAUAUUCUAGAGAGAUGAGAGAGAAGUGCUUAAAAUCAAUGUGGAAAAGUUGAUGAAGGUGAGAGAAAAGAUGCAACAGAACAGAACUGUUGGAUUAUGAAAUCAAGAAAAUGUGGACAGUAAUAGUUUUACAAGGACUCUGGAACACCAGAACAAGUGAGAAUAACUAAUAUAUUAAACAAAUAUCCCAGAAUAAUGUAUCAUUUUUGUGCUAAACAACCAUUAAUGUGGCAUUUUUGCUCUCUGCUUCUCAGAAAAAAGUCAGCUGUGGUAUGUGUUGAGUUUAUAGUACAUAGAGCAUAACCACCACAAUCCACCCUCUUGUUACUCUGUUUACUCCAAACUUUGUCAUUGCUGAAACACUGAACUUCCUGUGUUGUCCUGUGAUAACCGAUACCAGUAACUAGCUAUGCAAAACAAAAAUAGAAGAUGUUAGAGUAUAGGUGGAAAGAAAUAUUACAUCACAGUAUUUUACAUUUUCUUCAGUGUAGACAGUGUGUGUGUCUGUGAGGGGGAGGGAGGAAAAUGAGGGUGAUGGGAGUGGAUGUCACCUACCUCACUGAAGGUGAAUAUAAAGAGUCGCAGCAGUGUGAAGAAGGAGCAUAUUUCAUUUGCUGAGAACCGCUCAUUCAUCUGGAACAGAGAUCACCUGUGAAUCAGUAAGACGUGCUGAUGGGGCAGUUGAUAUCCAAACGUGAUGGCUUGGUCCAUGGCGUUGUCCCUCGGGUUCAUUUCUCAACCAGUGAGGAAGGACCUCCCAGGUACUCUCCACACAAUUUUGAUGCCACCAGACGACAACAAGAUGGUAACCUCCAAAUUCCUCCAACCAUUGUCGUCUCGGGUGUGGAGUCAAGUGAAUCAGAGCGUCGGGGCUCAAGAGUGGAGCUGCGGAGAUCUUCCCUCUACAGCACCUUAGACCUGGUGCCACAGCUGGAACAUUAUGCCAGCACACUUCCACACCAGAAGUCGAGGAGCCGACCCUCUCUGGAGGCUCUUCGCAAGGCAUUUGAUGAGAUGGAGACAAGGAUGGAGGUAGUAAACACCACCACAGAAUCAGGAGUUAACAGUCUGCCGGCCACAGACGGUGGAAAUGAAGAAUCGCAGGCUUCUGAGGAGAAAGCUCCUGUUCGAUUUGGCUGGGUGACUGGAGUCAUGGUUCGUUGCAUGUUGAAUAUUUGGGGAGUCAUCCUGUUUCUCAGACUGUCGUGGAUCACUUCUCAGGCAGGCAUCCUGUUGACUUGGCUUAUUAUCCUGAUGUCUGUGACGGUGACCUCAGUAACUGCACUCUCCAUCUCUGCUAUCGCCACCAAUGGGAGGGUGAUCUCAGGUGGGGCCUAUUUCAUGAUCUCCCGCUCUCUGGGUCCUGAAAUUGGUGGACCAAUUGGGAUGGUCUUUUCCUUCGCCAACGCUCUGGCUUGUGCACUCAACACUGUUGGCUUUGCAGAGGUUGUCCGCGAUCUAAUGCAGGAGUUUGGUGUCAUAAUGGUCGAUUCAAUCAACGAUGUCCGUAUUGUGGGUGUGAUCACGGUGACAAUUCUCCUGCUCAUUUCACUGGCUGGAAUGGAGUGGGAGUCCAAGACCCAGAUUUUGUUCUUUAUAGUUCUUAUGGUCUCCUUUUCCAACUACUUUGUGGGAACAUUCAUCCCUUCUAAUCCAGAGAAACAGGCCCAGGGUAUCUUUGGAUACCGCACUGAAAUCUUCGUAUCAAACCUGAAACCAGACUGGAGAGGACCUGAAGGCAACUUUUUCCAGAUGUUCGCCAUUUUCUUCCCCUCAGCCAUCGGCAUCCUGUCUGGAGCUAACAUCUCUGGAGACCUCAAAGACCCUGCUACUGCUAUCCCCAAAGGCACACUCAUGGCCAUUUUUUGGACUACAUUCAGCUAUUUAGCUAUUUCUGUAACUGUUGGGUCGUGUGUCAUACGGGACGCCUCUGGAAAUGUAAGUGACAUUUUGACUGGGAACAUCACUGAUGGCUGUGUGGGUCUGGGGUGUAACCUGGGCUGGAACUUCACAGAGUGCAUCCGGUCACAGUCUUGUGAAUAUGGUCUGGCCAACAAUUUAAAGGUGCUGGGCCAAGUUUCAGGUUUCUACUACCUCAUCACUGCUGGUGUCUUUGCCGCCAGCUUGUCAUCUGCUCUCGGCUUCCUCGUCUCUGCUCCCAAAGUCUUUCAGUGUCUGUGCAGAGACAACUUAUACCCGUACAUAGGAUUCUUUGCAAAGGGUUAUGGGAAAAAUGAUGAGCCACUCCGAGCCUAUCUCCUCUGUUACAUCAUCGCUGUGGCCUUCAUUCUCAUUGCUGAGCUGAACACCAUCGCAGCCUUGAUCUCCAACUUCUUCCUGUGUUCCUACAGUCUCAUCAAUUUCAGCUGCUUUCAUGCUUCAAUCACUAACUCUCCUGGUUGGAGGCCGUCAUUUCACUACUACAGUAAAUGGACAGCUUUGUUUGGAGCUGUGAUCUCUGUGGUCCUGAUGUUCUUGUUUACCUGGUGGGCUGCUCUCGUCACCUUCUGUAUUAUAUUUUUCCUGUUUGGAUAUGUCAACUACAACAAGCCAAAGGUAAACUGGGGAUCAUCAGUCCAGGCAGGUACAUACAACAUGGCUUUGUCCUACUCUGUCUCUCUGUCUGGUGUUGAGGAUCAUGUCAAGAAUUUUAGACCCCAGUGUCUUGUCCUGACUGGGCCCCCAAACCAGCGACCUGCACUGGUGGACUUUGUUGGCUCCUUCACCAAGCAUAUAAGCCUCAUGAUCUGUGGAGACAUAAUCAUGGAGCAGGACAGGCAUACUCGGUCACAGGAUUCCACAGACUCUUUGGUUAAGUGGAUGAACAAGAGGAGGGUGCGCUCGUUCUAUACUCCUUUCACCGCAGACAGCCUCAGAGCUGGAACUCGACACUUGCUGCAGGCUUCUGGUCUUGGCAAACUGAAGCCCAACACGCUUGUCCUGGGCUUCAAGACAAACUGGAGGGACAGCUCUCCUGAAAGCAUUGAAGAUUAUAUCAACACCAUAUAUGAUACGUUUGACUCCAACUUCUGUUUGUGUAUGUUGAGGAUGAUGGAUGGCCUGGAUAUCUCCGAUCAGUUUGAUUUUGAAGUGAACCAAGGCUUUGAACCUGAUGAAUCUGUGGAAAAUGAUGACCAGCAAUCUCCUGAGAGAGAAUCAGCUGAUGACCUCUCCGAUAAAGGUGACAGUGAUCAGAUCAAGACAGUGUUUCAGAAUGACCAGGGGAAGAAGACCAUUGAUGUCUACUGGAUAGCUGAUGAUGGAGGUCUGACCUUGUUGGUGCCUUACCUGCUCACCAGAAGAAAACACUGGCGUCGCAGUAAGGUCAGGGUCUUCAUCGUGGGAGAUGAACAAAACAUGGAGGAAGGCCGCAACGAGAUGAUCGCUCUGCUGAAAAGGUUCCGUCUGGAUUUUAAUGACGUUAUAGUCAUGACAGACAGCGAGAAGCGUCCACAUGUCAAGAAUCUGAGUAGGUUUGUGGACAGUGUUGCCCCCUUCAGGCUACAUGAUGAACAGCAGGAUGGCAUCUCAGUUCAGGAGUUGAGACAAAGUGCCCCAUGGAAAAUAUCUGACAAAGAGUUUGAGGCCUUCAGACUUAAGUCUGAGAGAAAAGUGAGACUAAAUGAAAUCAUCCGUAGGAAUUCACAACAUGCCGCCCUCGUGCUCGUGAGUCUUCCUGUGCCGCAGAGUGACUGCCCCAGUGCUCUGUACAUGGCCUGGCUGGAUACUCUGACCUGCGGCCUCCACUGCCCCGCGGUGCUGAUACGAGGAAACCAGCAGAACGUCCUCACUUUCUACUGCCAGUAAAUCCUGU